AUGUCGCUCCAGGAUAUCAAGCAUAUUGUCCUGGUCCUCUCCGGCAAGGGAGGCGUUGGCAAGUCCAGCGUCACCACCCAGCUCGCCCUCUCUCUCACUCUCCAAGGACAUUCUGUCGGCAUCCUCGAUGUGGACUUGACCGGACCCUCAAUACCACGCUUUCUCGGGAUUGAGAACUCGAAAGUCACACAAGCACCAGGAGGAUGGUUACCUGUCCCAAUCCACGAGGCGAACACCUCCACUACCGAUUCAAGCAAGAAAACCGGUCAACUCCGAGCGAUGUCCUUAGGUUUCAUGCUCGCAAACCGUGGCGAUGCAGUCGUGUGGCGGGGACCAAAGAAAACUGCCAUGGUCCGGCAAUUUCUCACGGACGUUCAGUGGGGAGCGAUGGACUAUCUUCUCAUUGAUACGCCGCCGGGAACUAGUGAUGAGCACAUCUCACUCGUGGAGACCUUGUUGAAGUCCGCGACGUCCGAACAGAUGGCGGGAGCUGUCAUUGUUACGACUCCACAGGCGAUCAGUGUCAGCGAUGUCAAGAAGGAGAUCAACUUCUGCCGCAAAGUUGGCGUUGGCAUCCUCGGCGUGAUCGAGAACAUGGCCGGAUUCGUCUGCCCGAACUGCUCUGAGUGCACGAAUGUCUUUUCGAAAGGAGGUGGGCAGGCGAUGGCGACGGAGUUCGAGGUACCGUUCCUUGGAAGUGUGCCUAUCGACCCCAUGUUCAUUCGGCUUAUUGAGGAGGGCAAGCGCCCCAGCUAUCCCGAGGGCACGAUCAUCGAAGGCCGCGACAUGCAACAAUCACAGCCGGAUGAAGGGAGCAAGGAAGGAUCCUUGGUGGAGAAAUACGCGGCUUGCUCACUGUUCCCACUUUUCGAGGGAUUUACGACGCAGCUCACGACUGUUAUCGAACGAUGA